AUGACCAGCGCAAUCUCCUCGAGCUCGCAAAACCAGGUGUCUGCCAACGCAAGCUCGAACGCUCUCUCCGCCGACAGUACGUCCUCGUCGCUAAGCGGAGCUGUGCCGGCACAGUUCCCAGCGAGGUCGUACGCAACCGCAACCAAGACGGCCACUCCACCCACCUUGGCUGGAGCCUCCGCGCCAGCGCAAAAUGCAAAGCCGACUCCAGACGCUCACAUGAACGGUGCGAUGGCGCAGAACGGCUCUCAGACUGCCAACGGAGCUCCCACCGGCAGCGCAAACUCCACCGACCACGGCCGCAAGCCCUCGGUCGUCAUCAACGCUUCCGGCGCAUCAGGCAACUACCCGAACGGCGGCCCUGUCCAGAACGGCAGCAGACCUGCCAUCAGCUUCGGCUCCAUGAACACUUCUGGCGCUGAAGCGCAGCAGAACGCGCCUUUCCACGCUCAAAAUGCUUCACUUUCUAUCCGUGGCGAUAACCCGCUAGUGAUUUCGCCAGCACAUUCACCAUCGCCAAUUCCCCCACAACCCGCAGCAAGCGGUGGAAGACCUCCAUCAAACUUGGCAAACAACAGCGGCGCGCUCGCUUUUGGCAGCAUGGGCCCUGACACCGAUAUGGUUGGUUCAUAUGCAAUGUCAGCUGACAUCGGAUAUCCCAUGCUGACUUAUUCACAGAUGCGCAACCAAGUGCCAAUGCCAGCACACGAGCGCCGACCUUCUUCACAGUCAAUGGAGCACUCAUACUCGAAUCAAGGUCGAGGAGGAUUUGCUGCUCGAGGUGGUCGCGGUCAAAGCUUCACGCCUGCUCAGCAGCCCUUCAUGCCAUCGCCAAGACAGCAGUACGCGCACCCCAUGCCGGGUCAACCGCAACGACAGUUCCAGCAAGCAGCGCCAGGCUCGCCGUUCCAACACGGCCGACAAGCUGGAGCCAGACAGAGUCCUGCACCAAUGCACGCUCAACCUCACAUGGGACAGCAGCAGAUACCCUACCAAGGAUAUUCGCAGCUGCAUCCACAACACCAACAGAUGUAUGGCAUGCCACAUUACGACCCGAACCAAGGCUACUACUCGCCGUAUGGCUAUCCUUAUGGGUAUGCUCAACCUCCACAAAGCCCACGGCCACAGUAUGGAGGCCCGUUCCCACAUGGAACGCCUCAAGGUAAUGCCCCUCCCUUCCAUCCUCCCCCGGCUACCCCAGGCAUGGCGCGCACACCUUCCCAGGCUUCCGAGCGUCCUUCUAGUAGUAUGGGUCAUCCACAAACUCCUUCAUCAGUGGCACCUGUGCCGUCAGGCACUCCUGGUCCUAACCCACAGGCACCGUCGAGCAAUUUUGUGCGCCCUGCGAAGAAGAGCAGCGCCAUCAAAAUCACCGACGCCCAAGGCAAUGCUGUUGAUUUCAAGAAGCCUUCGCCGACACCGUCCGCCUCCGCGCAGCCGCAAACCCCAGUGAUUGUCUCAACGCCCAACGCACCAACUCCCCCACCACGUGCCGCCUCGAGCCAACAUAACCGCACCGAAAGUCAGGUCACCAAAUCUGCUGAGGAGCGAAAGGCCGAGUUCCAGCGCCAAGUCCAGCAACGUCAGGCUGAGGAGCGUAACAAGUCUGCGCAAGACGGGCAGGCAAAGGGCAAGGAGGCUGACCAAAUCGCUGAAGCUGCUCAGCAGAAGGAAGCCGAAGAGAAGGCUGCUGCUGAGAAGGCCAAGGCCGAUGGUGAGAAAUUGGAAGCGGAGAAGAAGAAGCAGGCAGAGGAAGAGAAGAGCGCCGCUGCUGCUGCUGCCGAGAAGGACGCGGCUGCUGCUAAGAAGAAGCAAGACGAUGAGGAGAUGGAGCGCAUGAUUGCCGAGAUGGAAGCUGAGGCCGCGGAGCAGGAACGCAAGGAGGCCGAAGCCGAGAAGGCGUAUCAGGAGAAGAAGGCAAAGGAUAAGGCCGCCCGAGAAGCUGGUGCUGCAGAACGUGCUGCUAAAGCCGACGAAGAGCUCAAGCGUCAAGAGCGUGAAGCUGAAAAACGCGAGGAGCAACGCGAGCGUGAGCGCAACGGCGAGACAGACCAUUCGAAGAAGGGCGAGCCAGAUGAUGAGGCCAAGGCCAUGUUCGCAUCGCUCAAGAAGGCCACCAUUGGACCGAGCGCUUCUGCAAGCGGCGCCGACACUCCAACAUCGGAGAGGGAUGAGGAGCCGGCAGAAUCAUCUGCACCAGUACUACGUGCAGGUGGCGCGCAUAAGCCCAAGCCUGCUCACCUCAAACUGGAGACGAACAAGCCGGUCGAACGCGCAGAGCCAACGCCUGGUAUGCAAGCACUCAAGUCAUCACGGUUCCUGGAGCUCAAGGAGGAAGCAAAGUAUCCAGAUGGCUUCAAGUCGCCCAACCCUGCUCUUAACCAAGCAGGACAGCGCAAGGGCCGUGCUUACGACAAGGACUUCUUGCUGCAGUUCCAGUCUGUCUUCAAGGAGAAGCCUUCUGUCGACUGGGACCAGAAGGUCAAGGAGACACUUGGACCUGGUGACGACUCUGCUCGUCCACAGUCCGCACGCACACCAUCUGGCGCCAUGUCAAGACAAGGCUCUGGUCGUCCAGGUCAAAGCAUGGGCAACUUUGGUGGCGCAAUGGGCAGCUUCAGCGGUCCCAUGGGUCCACGAACGCUGCCUGCUGGUACUACCUCAGAACAGCGAUUCAUGGCUUCGCAGACGCAGAUGGGUCCUCCUCGUGGCGGUGCUGCUGCUGGUAUGUCAAGACAGCCCUCACAGCUCGGUAUGGGUGCUCCCGUUGUCGGCAUGAGCCGCACAAACAGUCUUCAAAUGAUGGGCAACAUGGGCGGACCAAAUUCGCCACGUCAACCAUCAUCGCGCGGCAACAAGGGCGCGAGCAGACGCGACGACCGCCAACACAGCAAGCGACAAGAAGCCGAGAUGGCGAGCAAAAUGCCGCUCACCGCGCACAUGGAGAUUACGCCGCUUGAGAAGUCGCAGAGUGGUUGGAAGCCGAUGAGCUUGGCGACGAAUCCGGCCACAGCUGGUCCAGAACCAUCAGGUCUGAUGGCACCAGACAUGGUGCAGCGAAAGGUCAAGGCUGCUCUCAACAAGAUGACACCCGAGAAAUUCGACCGGAUUUCCGACCAGAUUCUCGAAAUCGCUGCCCAAUCGACGAAAGAGACCGACGGCCGCACACUCCGACAAGUCAUUCAGCUCACUUUCGAGAAGGCUUGCGAUGAAGCUCACUGGGCCGGCAUGUACGCCAAGUUCUGUCAGAAGAUGUUGACGACCAUGAGCACCGACAUCCGCGACGAAACGAUCAAGGACAAGAACGGCAACCCUGUCGUCGGUGGCGCUCUCUUCAGAAAAUACCUUCUCAACCGCUGUCAGGAAGAGUUCGAGCGUGGAUGGCAAGCCAACCUGCCCGACAAGCCCGAAGGCGAGGGAGGAGAAGCGGCGCUCCUUUCCGACGAGUACUACGUUGCUGCUGCUGCCAAGCGACGUGGUCUCGGUCUGAUUCAGUUCAUCGGUCAGCUGUACAAGCUGAAGAUGUUGACGCUCCGCAUCAUGCACGAGUGUGUCAUGCGUCUGCUCAACUUCGAGGGCGAGCCAGAUGAGGCUGCUGUCGAGAACUUGACGACGCUUCUCAAAUCCGUUGGCGCGACUAUGGAAGAGGAAGAGCAAGGUAGGAUCAUGAUGAACGCCUACUUCCAGAGAAUCGACACGGCACUUCUCAAGAGCGAGAGUCUCGGAAGCAGACCUCGCUUCAUGAUCAUGGACUUGAUCGACCUUCGGAGAGCAGGCUGGCGAGGCAAGGACGAUGCCAAGGGUCCCAAGACCAUUGCACAGAUCCACGAAGAGGCGGAGGCUGCCCAAGCGAAGGCUGAAGCUGAGCGCCAGAAGUCACAGCGUGGUGGACCCGGUCGACCUCCCGCAGGUCGUGGCGAUGCUCGCAACUUCUCCGGCGGCAUGCCACCACCAGUUGACUACAACAGAACGACCGUGGGCAUGGAUGACUUGCGCAGACUGCAGACUCGUGGCCAGACGCGCGCUGCUGGUGGUUCCCUCGGACCAGGUGGUGGUCUUGGACCAUCCUCCCUCAGCAGCGGCCGCACCGGUAGCAGACGCGGCGCUGGUAACCUCGGACCCGGCUCUUCUGCCAACUCAACGCGCACCAACACGCCUCCUGUUGACAAGAAGGACGAACCAAGUACUGCGCAGAAUGCAUUCAGUGCUCUUGCCUCACUCGACGCAUCAGGCGAUCAACCCGAAGAACAGUCCGAAGCAGCAUCACCGCCAGCUGCACGAAACCGAUCCAAGUCACCGAUGGCGGCAGACAAGGAUGAGUCUUGAAUCGCAUGAGAUACCCCUUCUGUUUCGCAUGGCCUCGUUGUAUCAUACCUUCGGACUGUAUUAUCAUCGGAACGCCUUCUAAUGUCACGCCUGCAUCGCCCGACGGGUGGAGAGGAAAUAGAGAGAGAGAGAGGGAGAGAAAGCGCGCGCGAAAGAAAGAGCUUGCUUCUUGCCAUGGAUUGAUUGCAUUGAGGACAUGCAUUCUUGCCUCACUUUACCCGAACUGUGUUAUGAAAGCUUUUCUCUGCCUUGCACAAGCAAAAUUUUCUUGGCGGGGAAAAUUCAUCAUGAGAUGCGCGCUUGUUUUUGCUGCUGGAAAAGGGCCAUGGGCGUUAUGAAUGGGUCUAGAGAGAGAUUCGGAAGCGAUGCUGCUUUUUUGAUACUGCGAUUCGAUGCGAUGCACUUAUGCUUCUUCUUCUUCUUCCUUCUGCCUUCUUUCGUUGCUCUUGCGGAUUUUUGAGAGCGCUCACUCACAUGGGCAUCAAAUCGAGGCUCUUUCGAAUCCGCAACGAGUACACGUUUUUCGAUGAUUGGGGUGGUGGUGAAGGAGGAAGGAAGGUGCAGUGAUUUGGUAUGAGAGAGAGGACACUUGACUUGGCGCGCAUGCGAAUCGAGUGUACGAGUGUACAUAGUGGGGUUAAUUUGAACAAGUUUGAA